AUGUCUGCAAUUCCAGGGUUGGUUCAUGUUGAUCUGAGCUCCAAUCAGCUGAAUGGUACAAUUCCAAAGUUCCUCUCUGAUAUGAAGAGCUUGAAGCACUUGAAUCUUGCAAACAAUGACUUCCAUGGAGUUGUGCCUUUCAAUGUGUCAUUUAUAAGCAAAUUGGCAGUGUUCAAGAUUAGCAGGAACAGCAAUUUGUGCUAUAACCACUCUGUUUUGUCAUCAAAAUUGAAGCUUGGGAUUUCUCCUUGUGACAAGCAUGGAUUGCCCAUGUCACCUCCUCCGGCCAAAGGCGAUUCAACAGCAGAUGACAGCAGUGAUUCAGAUUAUGAUGACAGUGAUGGGGAUGACUCUGAUCAGAAGAAGGAUCGUCAUCAUGGGCCAAGUAAGGUUGUUCUUGGUGUGGCCAUUGGGCUUUCUUCCAUAGUCUUCCUCAUUAUUUUCUUGGUUCUUCUCUCCAAAUGGUGUGGUUGA